AUGGAAGACACCGUGAUGAUGUUGUGCAAGACCGAGAGUGGGGCUCUGAUUAAGAUCCGGAUUGAUAUGCUCUCCAACCGUCCGGCGAAUUCAUACCUAAGUUUGCAGGGAACGAAGGGUUGUUACGAAGGCACACGGGGAUUGGGGGAUGUGGAGAAGGUUUGGUUGGCAGAUUAUCAUCAACAGGGCAAGUGGCAACCGCUGGCAGACUUUGAGGAGGAGUUUCUACCGGAGAGUUGGAAAAAUCCGCCAGAGGAAGCGGUGAAGGCUGGAGAUGUGACUGAGGAAUAUUUCGAGAUGCGCGGUUUCGUCGAUAGCAUCAUUAACGACACCAAGUCGCCAAUUGAUGUCUAUGACGCUAUGGAUUUCACAGUGCCGGGACUGGUUUCUGAGGAAUCGAUUGCGAAUGGCGGAAAGCCCGUUGAAGUUCCUGAUUUUCGGGAUAUUGACUAG